AAGGACGCUGAGACUGUGACAGGCCGGUUAACGAAUGGUGCAGAGGCAGGGCUAAAAGAAAAGAACCAAUGGUGGAGAGACGCCUCUGCUGUUCAGCUGAAACAUGAAGAGCUGCAAGGAGUGACGGAGGGAGCGAGCGAGUGCGCGAGCAAUGGCUGGUGAUGCGUGAGGGUGGAGGAAAACUGGGCCGCGGAGUGAACGCGGAGGAGGGAGAGAGUGGAAGACGGAGCAAUAGGUGGAGCAGUGAGAAGAGGAGAGUGCGUCUGUUGACUUGCAUCUUCUAAAGACUAAGCCAGACACACAGAAAUCAUGGCCAACAUCACGACCACUAUACACCCGAGUAAUCAACCAGAAGUGGUCCCUCUCUCCAGCGUCUCCUUGCAGGUCCAGGAGGUCUACCCCUUCCACGAUGGCUGGAAUGUGGCCUGCUUCAUCAUCCUUCUGCUCUUCAUCCUCACUGUCCUGUCUCUGGCUGCCUUGGCUAUGCUGUAUGAGCUACUGGAUUGUGGGUGCUGUGCCAAAGAAAAAACAAAUCGCCAGCUACAAGAGGAGGGGCCAGGAAGCUGCAGCAAGCUCAUGACCAGCAUUUGUAAGGAGCAAGAAUCCCACACGGAGGUGGUAUAGAGGCAGCAAUGAUGAAGAAAAGGAAGAGCAGGAGUUUGGUUUUCAUUGCUGAACUGCAAAAUAUUACAGUGAACUUCAAAAACUGCCUAACAGUGGUUCAACUGGUCACAGUUAAGAGGAUGCGAAGGAGGACAACGUAAAAAGGGAAGAGGGCAGUUUUCACUGAUUUGGAAUGAUUUCAAAUAGCUUUUCAUUUCAUUUAGGAGGACAUCGACACACAGCUACAUUCACUACCACUUACCAUGCAGAGCAGACCUGGAAAACCAGGUUUUGCACCAGAAACACCACCAGAUGAAAGACAGCACGCAAGCAAAAAUACUAUUAUUAGGGUGGCCUGAAAAAAAUGCAAUUUUCAAGAAUGAAGAAAAAAGGCUUUGGCAGAAUAGGUUACAUUAAGGUGGGCCUCUUGAAGGUGUAUGUCCAAGACAUGACACAUAAAAAUACUCAGACCCAAUACCUGCAAACUGAAACAAAAAGUUUCCUUGUUCGAAAACACCUGCCCUGUGAGGUGUAUACUUAUCACCUGCUGGAUGCAAAUGAGCUUCUUUCAUGGUAAAAUGUUGUACACAGACAGAAACUGAUGUCCCAGUCCAAGGACUUGAACAUCUUUGUUUCCCAAAACAGACUAGUAAAUAGCAAAUACAUUUAUCAAGCAUAGUUGGAAAUCACUGUUGCUUUGAAUAAAGCCUGUGUUUGUCUAUUCUUUUAGUAAAUUGUGGACCAGUGCUGUCAACAUGUUUCGUAUUGUAGUAUUAUUUAAUGAUAAGUGACACUCGGUUGCUGAACAGUGAUGUAAAUUUAUCAUGUCAUAUUGAGCACAAUGUACGAUUUCAUAUGCCUUACCUCAAAACAUGCUUAAUAAACUGUCACCGAAU